AUGUCUUCAUUACCGCUUCAAGACUAUCUCACGAACCUGCUCAAGGAACAGAAUGUUAUCGUAUCUUUGUUGGAAGUUCAAAUUGUGAACGACAAUUCACGAGUAUCGAAGAAAUGCUAUCAAAGGUUCACCGAAACCCACCAGCAGCGGUCUUGUCCAUCCACGACGAGUAAGAAUUUCAAGAUGUCCCGGUGGUCCUCCAGUCCCUUGGAAAGAGUCCGUUCUACGGGAUGGGUGGAAGGCCUCGCCAACAAUUCUAAUUCAACCACCACCGUGGCACAACGGCUUCUGAAAAGCGACAAGUGGAGUGCUACAAAUGUUACAAGAAAGAGUAACCCAAAGUCAAGGGCUGCGGGGCAUCCUACACCAUUGCCCUCCUCCCUGAAACUUCCACGAAGACCCGCGCCCGCAGCUCUCAUGGUCCACCACCACGACAAAGAUGUACCUACUGAACAACCGUCGCUUCGUAGGUGCACUUCUUUGGAUACGCCGAUGAUGCUUCCUGUUCGAAUGAGUUCCUUCACCUCAAAAUCGAAGAGCUAUAAGACACUAUUGACGCUGUUAGCAUUAACAGGAGUGCAACGUCUUGUUGUUGUUGUUGUGCAAAUGAGCGAUUUGAAUAGGGCCAGCACUUAA